CGCACCGACGCCCCGCCCCCAGUGGGUGAGGCAAAAUGGCCGCGGAAUUUGCGGCGAGUGGAGUGCUUCCCACAGCGGGCAUUAUAAUUGAUUAGGUUUCUGAUAUCCAGUUCUAGUCCUAAGAAGUAAAUUGAUAAGCCCACAUUUCUGUGCAAACACUGAGGAGCCAAUUGGCGCCAUGAAGGUCUUCUGUGGCCGUGCCAAUCCAACCACGGGAUCCCUGGAAUGGCUGGAGGAGGAUGAACACUAUGAUUACCACCAAGAAAUUGCCAGGUCAUCCUAUGCCGAUAUGCUACACGACAAAGACAGAAAUAUAAAAUAUUACCAGGGUAUCCGGGCAGCUGUGAGCAGAGUGAAAGACAAAGGACAGAAGGCCUUGGUUCUUGACAUUGGCACUGGCACAGGCCUCUUAUCAAUGAUGGCAGUUACCGCAGGGGCUGACUUCUGCUAUGCUGUUGAGGUUUUUAAGCCAAUGGCUGAGGCUGCUGUGAAGAUUGUGGAGAAAAAUGGCUUCAGUGAUAAGAUUAAAGUAAUUAACAAGCAUUCCACUGAGGUGACGGUUGGACCAGAUGGUGACUUGCCAUGCCGUGCUAACAUUCUGGUUACGGAGCUGUUUGACACAGAGCUGAUUGGGGAGGGAGCACUGCCCUCUUAUGAGCACGCACACAAGCAUCUUGUACAGGAAGACUGUGAAGCAGUGCCUCACAGGGCGACUGUCUAUGCCCAGUUGGUGGAGUCCAAAAGGAUGUGGUCAUGGAACAAGCUGUUUCCUGUCCGGGUCCAGACUGGUCUUGGAGAGCAGCUUAUCAUUCCUCCCUCAGAAUUGGAGAGGUGUCCUGGUGCACCUUCCGUCUAUGACAUUCAGCUGAACCAGGUGUCACCUGCUGACUUCACUGUCCUCAGUGAUGUGCUGCCAAUGUUCAGCGUGGACUUCAGCAAGCAAGUCAGCAGCUCGGCAGCGUGCCAUAGCAAGCAGUUUGUCCCUCUGGCAUCUGGCCAAGCACAGGUGGUUCUCUCCUGGUGGGACAUAGAAAUGGACCCUGAGGGCAAGAUCAAGUGCACCAUGGCACCCUUUUGGGCACAGACAGAUCCACAGGAACUUCAGUGGCGGGACCACUGGAUGCAGUGUGUGUACUUCCUGCCCCAGGAGGAGCCCAUUAUGCAGGGCUCACCCCGAUGCCUGGCUGCUCACCAUGAUGACUACUGUGUGUGGUACAGCCUUCAGAGAACCAGCCCUGAUGAGAAUAACAGUGCCUACCAAGUUCGACCUGUAUGUGACUGUCAGGCUCACCUGCUCUGGAACCGGCCACGGUUUGGAGAGAUCAAUGAUCAGGACAGAACUGAUCACUAUGCCCGAGCCCUGAGGACUAUGCUGAUGCCAGGUAGCAUCUGCCUUUGUGUGAGUGACGGCAGUCUACUCUCUGUGUUGGCCCAUCACCUUGGAGCAGAGCAGGUGUUUACAGUCGAGAGUUCAGUAGCUUCCUAUAGACUGAUGAAAAGGAUCUUCAAGGUUAACCACUUGGAAGAUAAAAUUACCGUCAUCAAUAAACGGCCUGAGUUGUUGACAUCUGCAGACCUGGAGGGUAAGAAGGUCUCCCUCCUCCUGGGUGAACCUUUUUUCACCACCAGCCUGCUACCAUGGCACAACCUGUACUUCUGGUAUGUGCGCACCUCUGUGGACCAGCACCUAGCGCCUGGGGCUGUGGUGAUGCCCCAGGCAGCCUCACUGCAUGCCGUGAUCGUGGAGUUCAGGGACCUGUGGCGAAUCCGGAGUCCUUGUGGUGACUGUGAAGGGUUUGACGUCCACAUCAUGGAUGAUAUGAUCAAGCACUCCCUGGAUUUCCGAGAGAGCAGGGAGGCAGAGCCACAGCCACUGUGGGAAUACCCCUGCAGAAGCCUCUCAGAGCCUCGACAGAUCCUGACUUUUGAUUUCCAGCAGCCCAUCCCCCAGCAGCCUAUGCAAUCCAGGGGCGUGAUGGAACUGAGGAGGCCCGGGAAGAGCCAUGGAGCUGUCCUGUGGAUGGAAUACCAGCUGACUCCAGAUAGCACUGUCAGCACCGGCCUCAUGAACCCUGCAGAGGACAAGGGGGACUGCUGCUGGAACCCCCACUGCAAGCAAGCUGUGUACUUCCUCAGUGCCACACUGGAUCCUAGCGCGCCUCUGGAUGGCCCUCAAUCAGUCAGCUAUGCUGUGGAGUUUCACCCCCUCACUGGAGACAUCACCAUGGAGUUUAGGCUUGCAGACGACACCUUGAACUGAUCUCUUACAGAGAAAUAAAAUGGCCACCAGGCUGCAGACUCUGAA